AUGGCUCGCCAAUUCCAAUUCGUCACUGUGCCGGAUCCAUUGAAACCGGCGUCCUUCGGGGCUCGCAAAUCAAAUCAAUCACAUGUCAUGCGUCAAGCGCAUGCUAAGAAAAGGCGCCUCCAGAUACAAAAAUAUCAAAAUGAACCGCUCGUCGGUGCGGUGAAGCAGGGUCCCACUAUCUACGAUGCUGUUCUGUGGAGCCCUCUGAGCCAAGGAAUGACCAAUGGCAAAGACCCAUUUUCGUCCAUGGCAAGACCGCUAAUGUCUGAAGAAUAUUUUUUGCUUGAUCAUUAUAUCAAAGUCGUCGUACCGUUUUCAAUUGGUCACUGCAGUUUAUUCGACUAUCCAGGAGACCAUCAGGCACAAAUGCUUCGGGAUUGGGUGGGUCUCGCCAUCGCUGACGAUACUCUCAUGGUCGUGGCUGUUCUCCUCAGCUCAUGUCGGUACAUUCUACAAGACCAACCUGACCAUCCAGUCUUCACUCGUAUGGCCUUGCAGUAUAAGCAGAUAUGCCUCCGUACACUGCUCUAUCAGAUUAGGGCUGAAUCGUCUUCGAUUAACGCCAUGACGGUUGCUAAGGUGGUGGCUCUUGCUAUAGAUGAGGUACAAUCUGGCGAACUUGGUAUAGCUAGAAAGCAUCUACAAGGAGCGUUUGCUAUGAUUCACUUCGCUGGUGGUCCAAUACCGCUUCGUCUUACAGGAUUACUUGAGCGAAUGUAUAACAGGUUCAUAGCGUUACUCAGUAUCGAUGCUUUGUAA